GUGACAUGCCUCCCUCCGCCUGGCUCCUUAUAGCCCCGGGGAGGCAGGAAUCCCGGACGAGUGGUACGGACAUCGCCGACGGAGACCGCAAACACGGCGCGGAGCGUUCCCCUCUAAACACGGUCUUAUGACUAGCCUACAGACUGCUUCAGUGAGAGACGACCGGAGAACCGAACCGACAGCCGGGGACAGCAGAGGACUGAUUCAGUGACAAGAAACAGGUGACAGUGACAGAUAGCCGGGGACAGACAGGACACCAGCUCCCCUGCAGAGGCUGAAUGGUUGGUGACAGUCUGAGAGAACAGCUGGAGUUAAAAGGAUUCUACCUCACCUGUUCGCAGGAUUUAGUUUUUUGGGUCUUCUGUUGCACUCUGUGGACACUUCCCCCUCCUGCAGCACUGAGGACAUGUGUCGCCUGCCAGUGGCUUCACUCUUCAUUUGUUUCUGGUUGGUGGAGAGAAGCCACUGUAACGGCAGCCUUCAGGAUAGCAUGGGGGAGCUGCACACCAAGUUCGCUGUCAGCCUCUAUCAGACUCUCAUCGAGACAGAGAACAACUCCAACCUGAUCGUGUCACCAGUGAGUGUCUCCUUGUCUCUGGGGCUGCUGCAGCUCGGUGCCAGGGGCAACACACUGGCUCAGCUGGAGGGAACACUCGGAUACAAUGUGAAGGAUGCCCAGGUACAGGACUUCCUGUUGCAUUCACAGAGUGACAUAAGCAACACCAGCCAGGGGAUGUGGCUGCAGCAGACCUGCACAUUAUUCGUCCAGAGCGGCGUCCAGCUUCUGACAGAGUUUACACAGCAUGCAGCAGCCUGGGCCAACACCAGCGUUGUCCGAGCCAACUUCAGCCAGCCCAACCCAGCCACUCGCGACAAGCUGGAGCGAGCUGGACACAACCACGAUGAGACGUGGCCCCUCCAGGCAGGAAGCAGCAGCGGGGAGCUGUCGGGCUCAGGCGAGGCCCAGGCAGAGGCCCUGUGGUGGGGACACCGGCUGCAAAUGGCCCUGGUCAACACGGUGGCCUUCAGGGGCGUCUGGCAGAAACAGUUCCUGUUCACCAACACCCAAAACCUGCCCUUCAUCCUCUCUGAUGGGAGUGCCAUCAAGGUGCCCAUGAUGUAUCAGGCUACAGAGGUCAGCUUUGGUCAGUUCAGGACAGCAUCCGAUCAGCGUUACACCGUGUUGGAGCUGCCGUACCUGGGCCGCUCCCUGAGCCUGCAGGUGGUCCUGGCCAGCGAGAGGAAGACGCCGCUGUCCUCCCUCGAGUCCCAGCUCACCGCUCGCCAGCUGGCCUCCUGGGACACCGGCCUGCGCAGAACCAAAAUGGACAUCUUCCUACCCAGGUUCAGAAUGCAGAACAAGUUCAAUCUGAGGUCAGCGCUUCCAGCCAUGGGCAUCACUGAUGCCUUUAACCCGGCAGCAGCUGAUUUCACUGGAAUAUCAGUGGAGGAGAGUCUUUAUGUGUCUGAUGCCUUCCAUGAAGUGAGAAUAGAAGUCACAGAAGAUGGGACAAAGGCAGCUGCUGCUACAGCUAUGGUGCUACUCAAACGAUCCCGUGCACCUGUUUUCAAGGCCGACCGGCCAUUCUUAUUUCUGCUACGACAGAUUAACACAGGAUCCAUCUUGUUCAUGGGCCGAGUGAUGAACCCAACAGACCAAGCACCCUAGACUCAUACCUAAACACCUCUCACACACAAUCCUACCCUGACCCCUAUUCACUACUGGUAUUUAUUUGUGGACCAACGGGAGGGUCCAUGGACACUUCAGGAAGAGGGACACUAUUUUUGUACUUGUCUGUAAAUAAAAUUUUAAUACAUGUUUUUAA